ACCAUACACAGCAAUGACAGUCAUCUGGGGCCUGGAUCUCAAGGAGAUCCAAUGGAACAAAUUCAAGAGCUCCAACAUGUUCACCCGCAUCUACCACCUCCGUCGCACGAAGAUGAUCGUCUACCAGCUGGCCAUGAUUCUGUGCGUGUGCUCCGAGUCCACCGGCACGGCCGCCUUAUCAGACUACGUCGACCAACAAAGCUACAUCGAGCGCCACCACCCAGGAGUAUCAGUCUACAACAACGACUUCGUCGGGGCCGCCUCCUAUAACAUCUUCGUCGGUGUCGCCGUCGCCACUAUCUUCGGCGCCGCCUUCUUUUUCGACCUGUUCUGGCCUGAACGCCACGAGAGCAAGUCCGUCCGUUUGGCGUGGAAGAUCAGCGGUGUGGUGGUGUCCAUCAUGAUGCUUAGCUCGGCGUUGACAAUGACGAUAAUCACCGCAACAAGAAGCGUCCAGGUCCAUGGCACGGAUGCCGCCGGCGCGAGACAGUUUUGGUCUGAGUCGAAGAAGAAGCCUGCUUUCGUGUACCGCACGAACCCCAAAGCCCUCGCCUCGGUGGUCCUCGCAUGGCCCGGUUGGGUAUUCACCGUCGUCAGUGCAAUCAUCCUAAUCGCCUCGCACAACCACGACGACGUCCACGGCCCCAAGUCCAACUACGGACGCCAGAUGGAAGGAGAAGAGAAAAUCCCCGAGCCCGAGACCACCGAUGGCCUACACAACAGGACCCUUCGGGAGUAGACCAAUCAUAAACUGGUUUCAAUAACGACACAAAAGAGAUUCCCCCCAUGUUUUGUUACGACACUUUCAGGAAGCACAUGGUUUGGUUUUGCAAGGGAAAUCAGCGUUCGGAUUUGGAUUGUAUAGAUACGGCGUUUUAGGAUUCUUUUCACCACUUGAUUUCCCUUUGGGAUCGUGAGAAUCAGGGUCACGAUUCGGCUUGGUUGACCUGACAUUGUUUUCAGCUUCAUUGUACAGUACACUAU